UACUACGGAAACAUGAAUUACUUUAGCAACUUAAGCAUUUCAUCACCAAAUAACUUUCAUUCUUGUGUAGGAUGAUUUUGGACUCAAGCUGAAAGAAGAGGCUAUGCUCAGUAGAGUAUUAAAGGAGGCACUCUUGUCAAAGGAACUUGACAAUGGGCAAUUGGAGUCUGAUCUGUCAUCUUCAUUUCGUAUCCAAGAUGUUAUGAGAAAUGAGACCCAGAGAGUUCAGGAUGAACUUUCUUGCAUCACCCACAAGGCUAAGCAGUUAGAGCUUCAGGUAUCCAAGAAGGAUGAAGCGAUCAAUGAGCUCCAACAGGACUUGCAGGAAUCUGCCAAGGAGCUUGCGUCUCUACGCGGAACACUAAAAACAGUGACUGAGGAGAGGGACCUUUCCUGGCAGGAAUCCAAGCAGCUCAGAAGAAACAUCAACAUCAUGCAGAACGAGGUCGUGUCACUGAAGAAGAAGAUUGAAGCCUUGGACGAAGACAUACUCCUCAAGGAAGGGCAGAUAACAAUACUGCAGGAUAGCAUCGACAAGUCGUUCGACAUCAUCUACAGCCCCAGGUCCAUGAGAGAGUUUGACAUGGAGUGAAGAGUGCGGCGAAGAACAUUGUCCUUUUCAGAUAUGAUGUGCAUUUCGUGAAAGACAGAGAGGUGCUUGUGAAUACGUCGGCGUUCAUACGAUUCCGCAGUGUCUUCGUGCGAUAUAUCAUAGUGGCUUGUUUUGGAACUCAUUGCUCGGUUUACACCAUUUGUAAAGCGUGCAUAACUUGAGAUAUGAUAUGGGAAGUCCUUUUCCAAUUACCAUCACUUGCCCCAAAGGUUGUUUCAUGUGCUGUCAAGUUCUUGAUGAAUGUUGG